AUGUUACAGCGAACCUCGCAUCGUUCUUCCCUCCUCUCUUCGGAUGAAGACAUUGAUGACAAUAUGCUUUCACGACUUCUCAUCGUGGAGUCGUCUGGGUCCCAGACUUCUCACCCGAUUCCCCUAUCGCAUUCUGCUGGUGGUCGCGCCCGACUGCACCUGAAGGAACCCUCGUCGGAGUCACGAGUCUCCUCAUCAUUACCCGAUGACCAUCUCGUUGAGGACAUCAAUGCAGAACUGCGUGAACUUGCCAAUGACCUAUGCCAGACUCCAACAGAUACCUCAUCCAGUCAGGUUUGUUCGGGAAAUGCACUUUCUAGGUUACUGACAAUCGGUCAAAGUUUUCUCUUUUGA